GUGGCGAACAAAGGCAGCCAUCUUUACUGUUGGGAGUUAGUAAAAUACUUCAACUGUAAGUAAACAGCGUCUAUGUGCCUAAAAUGUGACAUUUCAUUUCGGAAUAAAGUGUUAUAAGUACAAACAAAAAAUAGCUGAAUAUUUCUGCCAGUCUUAACGCACAUCUAACGAAAAUGGCGAGCAGAAAAAUCGGAUUUUUCCCUAUUGUUUGGACUAUUCUUGGUUUCGGAUUUGUAACGAGUAACGAAUAUACCAAAGUCGUAAGUGGUGGCGAGGAUAUGGAACCCCACGGCAGAUGUGAACCGAUAAAUAUUCCCCUCUGUAAGGAUAUACAGUACAACCAGACUAUCAUGCCGAAUCUUUUGACACACACAAAACAAGAAGACGCCGGGAUGGAGGUUCAUCAAUUCUUUCCACUCGUCAAAGUUCAGUGCAGUAAACAGCUCAAGUUUUUCCUGUGCACCAUGUACGCUCCUGUGUGCACAGUGCUUCCAGAAGCCAUCCCACCCUGCCGUAGUCUGUGCGUAGAGGCCCGAACCGGAUGCGAAACACUGAUGAAUAAAUUCGGGUUUGAGUGGCCGGCCAGCUUGGAAUGUGAGCAGUUUCCGGUAACCGGGCUUUGCGUUGGAGAAAACACCACUGAUCAUGCAAUAACGACCACCAAACCACCAAAUAAACCGUCUGGAGGUGGUGGAAGUAGUGGAGGAUCAGGGUCAGCGGGUGGUGGUAGUGGUUCUGGUGGCAGUGGCGGUGGAGUUACUAUCAAUCCAAGCUAUAGAAAAGAGGAUUUGGAAUGUCCCCUGGACCAGAUAGUGCUGGAAGGAUACGAAUACAAACUGCGAGUUGGGCCGAAAGAGAUUGACAACUGUGGAGCACCAUGUAAGGACAUGUUCUUUAAGGAUGACCAGAGAAGCUUUGCGCGGCACUGGAUAGGUAUCUGGUCCUUCGUGUGCCUGGCUUCCACCAUGUUCACCGUGAUGACAUUCUUGAUAGACAUGCAGCGAUUUCGUUACCCGGAAAGACCGAUAAUAUUCCUGUCAGGGUGUUACUUCAUGGUUGCGCUCGCCUACGUGAUUGGAUUCUUCCUGAAAGACGAAUACGCCUGUAGCGUUUUCACGCACAAAGACAAGCUGGGUGUCUCGAGUAUCACGCAGAGUGUCCCGCUGAUCACGCAAGGAACGAAGAAGGAAUGGUGCACAAUCCUCUUUAUGUUGCUCUACUUUUUCAGUAUGGCCUCUUCAAUCUGGUGGGUUAUUCUGACCUUAACCUGGUUCCUGGCGGCAGGCAUGAAAUGGGGUCACGAGCCCAUCGAAGCCAACUCACAGUACUUCCAUCUGGCUGCCUGGGCUGUCCCUGCCAUCAAGACCAUAGCCAUUCUUGCGAUGGGGAAAGUGGAUGGUGAUGUGUUGAGUGGAGUUUGUUAUGUGGGUAUUUCGAAUGUAGACGCGCUCCGAGGAUUCCUUAUAGCCCCAUUGGUUGUUUAUUUAAUAAUAGGCACGUCAUUCCUCUUGGCAGGUUUCGUGUCCCUAUUUAAGAUUCGCACCAUUAUGAAGUCUGACGGUACCAAGACGGAUAAGCUCGAAAAACUCAUGGUGCGAAUCGGUAUUUUCUCUGUUUUGUAUACCGUGCCAGCGACGAUAGUUAUCGCCUGCUAUUUCUACGAACAAUCGUCCAGAGAUGCCUGGAUGACAUCUUGGUGGGCGGCUAAUUGCAAAGGCUUUAAAACAUCAGGAAGCGAGUACCUGUGCCAAAUGACGGACGUUAAGCAGCUAUCACCAGAUUUCAAUGUUUUCAUGAUCAAAUACUUGAUGUCGGUGAUUGUUGGCAUCACCUCAGGAGUUUGGAUCUGGACGGGGAAGACUUUGAACUCCUGGCAAGGGUUUUACGCACGUCUUUGUGGGUCCCGGUCCCACCGUAAUCAUGAAGCCGUUGUGUGAAAGAUAUCGACUACAUGUAAUAAUGGGGUCUUCCCACCAAAGUAUUGAACCAUGUGCAUGUCAUAGUGUAAAUUACAUGUUCUGUAGUCAAGUUGUGAAAUUCAAAAUGUCAUUUCAGUUCAAGAAGUAAGAAUGGGAUAUGGUGUCUUAUUCUGAAAUGCAAAAUUGCAGUGUAUCUGCAUUCUGCAAACCUGGGACACGUAUUUUAUGUGCAUUUCAUAGUGUGAAUUGUGAAAUUCAAACAGUCAAAAGGAAUUUGGUAUUUUGUUCUGAAAUGCAAAACUGUUUGCACUCUAGCAAAGCUCUGACAUUUGUGCAUCAGUUUUACAAGACUUAGUGGAAGGCCAGAAACACAUUUAUCUCAUAAUCUGGUAUCUAAUUAUGAUAUUUAAGAUUAUGACUUAUAUUACUAAAUGUAAUUUGUGUAAAACAAUAGCUGUGUGUGAUUGCCGGCGCAUGCAUGUCAUGAUGUGUAUUGUAUGGCCUGUUAAAAGUGACCAUGCAUUUUGCCAAAGAACGUUGUCCAUAUCUGAAAUGAAAGUAGCAUUUGUUUGAGCGUCAGCCUUUUGUUCUGUAUUAUGAAGUCUCUUUACUGUAACAUCAUUUUAUGUUAGUUUUGUGAAUACUUAAAUUUGAGAUUUCUGACUUAAGGAAUCGGUCAUUUUCCAAAGUGUUUGUGCUAAAUUUGUGGAUAGAUCAACCCAUUAAAUCAACGAAAAAUAAUACAAUACUACAAAUACAUGUAAUAAUGAUUUUACAGUAUUAUAAAUUCUCUACAUCUCCCUGAAGUUAUUGACUCCAGUCCUGCUUGUUCAUUGUUAUGUCAGUAAAUUGAGAUAGAAAAGUAAAGCAUUUGCACUACAUGUAUUUUCAUGUCAGAUUUUGUGAUGUACAUGUUUUUUCAAUCCACAUAGUAACUUGUUCGUGUUUUAUAAUUUCAAAUUAAAUUAAGAAAAACUACUAUUAUUUUAGUAAUAAAUAUUUAAUUACUAAUUUAUAAGAAUUAAGAUAAUGACUUUUGAGGAUUUUUAGCCGACGCACUGUUCGGUAUAUGUAUAUUAUUUUAGUUGUAAAAUGAUUUUUUUUAUGUUAAGUAAUUUACUGUAUAAAAUGGUUAUUGUAUGCAUGUUUGCAGUAGAUCUUAAGGGGUGUUGCGGCAGUUUAUUUAACCGAGAAUAUAUUUAUAGCAACACCGAUGAUGCUAUUAUCACAACUCAAUUUUUUUGUUAUCAGUAUCAUCAGAAAUGACCGAGUUGGUUCAUAAUUCAAUUGUCAGUGGUUCGAUCCCAGGUGGGGUUAACUUUUUUUUUUACUUUUUUUUUUUUUUUUUAAUUUCAUUCUUGUUUUAUACUGGAGCUUUUUAGUCAUGUUAUCUUAUUAAUCAAUUUAAAGCAUUUAACCCUUUCAGUGCGGGAACCGAAUUUUGAAGGCCUUUGCAAACAGUUUGGAUCCUGAUGAGACGCCACAGAACAUGGCGUCUCAUCAGGAUCCAAACUGUUUGCUAUUCUGAUAGUAUUCUUUGAAAAAAAUCGAAGAAAAUGCUAAUUUUAGAAAUUCAGCAGACGACAUUUUAGCAGAAGACAAAUUACCCAGCAUGCAAAGGGUUAAUCACAAACUUCAAAACAAGCCGAAAUCUGUGAUCAAGUACAUGUAAGUUAUUAAUGAUUAAGGUCGAGUUUGAUACUGUAUGGUAUUAUGUUUGUGAUUAAAUAUUGGUUUUUAUUAAUGUCUUUUGGUAAGCUGUUGUGAUCCCAGUUGGCAGUUAAGAUUGUAAACAAUUUCUAAUGUUUAUGCAUAUUUCUAACAAUCUAUGUACCGGUACUUGGGUUUUGCCUAAUUGAUGUAUUUUUAUAAAUGUUGACAUAGACGGUAGGGAUAGUUAAAACAAAAAAUCUCGGUUAAAAGUUCGGUGACCCCCUUUUUUUAUUUGUGUUUUAUGAUGACAACACGUAGAUGAUCAUAUAUGAGCAGUUUUGCAGAAUUCUAUUUGACAGAAUUUUUUUAAAUUACAUUUUGGUGUUAAAAAUAGUAAAAAAUUGAUGUUUUUUGGGGUGACAUAAAAAUUUAAAAAAAAAAUAUUUUUUUUAUUUAACUUUUGUUCUCCAUUUGUUUGGCAUUGUGUUGUUAAAUUAAAUGGUAUUUUAUGUAUCUCAGUUUAUAUAAUAUCUAUAUGUUGUCUAUUUCAUAGGUUAUUAAUUGGUUUGAGGCAUGCAAUUAGAGAUUUUCCAGUUUAAAUGAAAAAGUACAUGUUAUAAAAUGGUGAAUAAAAUCAAAAGAAGGCCGGUGACCCAAUAUUUUUAUUUCAUUUUUCAUAUAGUAUUUGCAUAUAGUACUUGGUGGAAAAAAAUCAGUAAAACUGCAGCAACACCCCUUAAAGCAGCAAAGGCUCUGUGUCAAUUGUUUUAUUAUUGUUUAGUAACUUAUGUUUUGUCAUACUUCAUUAUAUGUAACUGUUUAUGUUAAUUGUAAAACUGCUAGCAUUUGAUUUAAUUUUAAACCUUUUACACUUUUACCAACCAUACUGGGGAACAGUUUCUUUGUGAUAAUGUCUCUAAUUGGUUCCCUAUCAUUUUCUGUUGUACCUGGAUUGGAUAUAAUUUCAUUUUGUAAUAACAUUUUGUCUUCUAAAUACCUAUGCAUAUAAUUUAUUUUAGUACAAGCCUUGUUUUGGACCAAAAGUUAACGAUCCAUAAACAAUGCCCAACACCAACUUACCAUUCAUUUUAUUGGGACAUACGUGUACUUCCAAACUGAAAGCUUGCUUUUAAUUCUCCCCAUUUCAAUGGUUUCCAUUCCACCAGACAGCUCUAGCAGACAUAAUGACUAAUGAGAAGUUAUGUGCUUAGGAAACAUCUGCCAACUUGAGGCGUUUUUGAAAGGCUUGAACAAAAAUGACAUAAGAGAGCCCGUUGCACCAUUAAGAACUACUGUUUCUGCUAUAAACCUUGAGACCUGAUAGAUGAUGGGAUUUGCCUACCCUGUUCAUAUUUUGUUUAAUGAUUGUAGGAUCAAUCAGGCAGAAUGAAAUUAAUUCUGGUUUCGUGUCCUGCGAAUGGUGACUGAGGUACCUUUUGAGAAAACUGGUCUUAAUGCCUGUGCGUCAAAUGUUGUCCCACUUAAGCAUGUGCAGUCUGUUUGCACAGGCUUAUUAGAGAUGGCACUUUACACCUACACUGGAUUUUCGUUUAGAAGACGCUUCCUCAAAGCGGAAAAUACCAUUGCAUUGGAAAGUGUGGUAUCUGAUUAGCCUGCAUGUACUGCGCAGGCUAAUCUGGGACGACACUUAAUGCUCAUGCGUUAGUCCCAGUUUUCCUAGAGGGUGGUUCAUUCAUUAAAUUUGAUGUUUCUGCAUUCUUCAAAGUCAACACAUUUUUGUACUAUCAUUUACUUCUUACUGUAAGCGUUGAAAAGCAAAACUUCGAAAACGGCUGCUCAAAAAGGCUUUUGAAAUUGAAAGACAUUGUUUCUUGUUCUAUAAUUAUUGAGAGAGAUUCUUCAAACAAAAGCAUGUGCAUGUUUAGCUGGUCUUCAAAUCUCCUACCAGCCAGAUGCUGUUGAAGAAAUCUAAGAAUAACCUAACCUAAACAGAUGAGUGAAUGAAUUUUCUUCCACUCCCAAGAUAUAAAUUGCAAGUCUGCCCCC